AUGGGGCAUGGACCUUCGUUUUCGAACCCAGACGGGAUGACCUACGCUGCUGCCAUCACUGCCCUCAGCAAAGGUGGCUUAUGGGCCCAUGCGAUCCGGUUGCUGCAGGGGGCAGCAAGACGGAUCGACAUCUUCGGUUUCACUUCGGCCAUCUCUGCUUGCGAGAGGGAAGGCGCGUGGGAAGUGGCUUUGAAGAUCCUCAAUGACAUGAGCGCCACCGAGAUUCGCCCAAGCGCUUUGACCUUCAAGGAGGCAGUGGCUUCACUUGGCAAGGCGGUCAAAUGGAUGCAUGCCCUGGAACUCCUGGUGAGCACAUGGGGACAGUCCCAUGCUCCUUCCGGAGCCGGUGCAGCCGGGGCAGCUUCCAUCAUCUGCAAGGGGCGGACACGCCUCCAUUUGCCUGCAGGCCUGCGAGACAUCGAGGCUGAGGCACCGCCAAGGCGGGUCAUGUACAUGCACCUGCGCGAGCUCGAGGGGGCAGAUGUGAUUGACAUUGACGAAAUGGAUUCGCUCUGGAAACCUGCCACAGUGCGAGAGCUCUUGGGAACCACGCGUCCUUGA